AUGGAACCUGCAAAUUACACCAGGGUGACAGAAUUCGUUCUUAUUGGCCUGUCCCAGACUAGGGAGGUGCAACUAGUCCUGUUUGUUACAUUUCUAUCCUUCUAUUUGUUCAUUCUUCCAGGAAAUAUUCUUAUUAUUUGCACCAUCAGGUUUGACCCCCAUCUGAUCUCACCCAUGUAUUUCCUUUUGGCUAAUCUGGCCUUCCUUGACAUUUGGUGCUCCUCCAUCACAGUCCCUAAAAUGCUUAUAGACUUCUCAGUGGAAAGAAAGGUAAUUUCCUUUGGUGGAUGCAUUGCACAGCUAUUCUUCUUGCACUUUGUUGGGGCCUCUGAGAUGUUCGUGCUCACAGUAAUGGCCUUUGACCGCUAUACUGCUAUCUGCAGCCCCCUCCUCUAUGCCACCAUCAUGAAUCGACAUCUCUGCUGCAUCCUGGUGGCUCUCUCUUGGAUGGGAGGCUACGUUCAUUCUAUAAUACAAGUAGCUCUCAUUGUUCGACUUCCCUUCUGUGGGUCCAAUGAUUUAGACAGUUACUUUUGUGACAUCACACAGGUUGUCUGUAUUGUCUGUGCCACCUUCCCAGAGGAAUUAGUGAUGAUCUUUAGCAGUGGUCUGAUCUCUGUGGUGUGUUUCAUUGCUCUCCUAAUGUCGUAUGCCUUUCUUCUGGCCAUGCUCAAGACAGCCUCAGCUGAGAGUACCAGCUGGGCCAUGUCCACGUGCUAUUCCCACAUCACCAUUGUGGUGUUAAUGUUUGGGCCGUCCAUCUACAGUUAUGCUCACUCAUUUGACUCUUUUUCCCUAGAUAAAGUGGUGUCUGUGUUCCAUCCUGUGAUAUUCUCUUUACUUAAUCCCAUCAUCUACACAUUGUGAAACAAGGAAGUAAAGACAGCCAUGAGGAAGUUGGUCAACAGAUAUGUUCUAUGUAAAGAGAAGUGA